AUGCCCAAAAGAAAGGCUGAAGGGGAUACUAAAGGAGAUAAAGCCAAGGUGAAGGACGAGCAACAGAGAAGAUCGGCAAGGUUGUCCGCUAAACCUGCUCCUCCAAAGCCAGAGCCCAAACCUAAAAAGGCCCCUGCAAAGAAGGGAGAGAAGGUACCCAAGGUGAAGAAGGGGAAGGCCGAUGAUGGUAAGGAUGCCAAUAAUCCUGCAGAGAAUGGAGACGCCAAAACAGACCAGGCACAAAAAGCUGAAGGUGCUGGAGACGCCAAGUGAAAUGUGUGCGUUUUUGAUAACUGUGUACUUCUGGUGACUGUACAGUUUGAAAUACUAUUUUUUAUCAAGUUUUAUAAAAAUGCAGAAUUUUGU